AUGGGCAGUAAGCGUGCCAAGGUGAAUGCAGUAAUCGAUCUUGGAGAACGAUUCUUGUUGUUCAACUGUGAUAGCUAUACCUCAUCCACCUAUGCUCCAAUCCAUUGUGACUCUAAAAAAUGUGAAAUAGCCAAGGGGUUUGGAUGCGAAGGAUGUUACGGGCCUCUAGGCCCUGGUGCACCAACGACACCUGUGGUGACUCCCUUACAAUCUAUUCCAGGGUAUUAUUGUAUUCUGAGGAGGAUUCGCAGAGGACACAUUGGUCUAGCUAGUGGCACUACUGGGAUAUUAGGCCUUGCGACGAUUCAAAUUUCUUUGCAUAAAGAGGGUGCUACUAAGCUCAGUUUACCUGACAUGUUUUCUCUCUGCUUUCCAUCUUCAGGGAUCGGGAAAAUUCUAUUAGAGUCCAUGGAAAACCUGUCUCUCAAAAGUUCCUACUUCACAAUUGGCAGGGAUGGAAUUGGAGGCACCAAAAUUAGUACCGUAAAAAAUUUCACCACACUCCAUUCUUCCAUCUAUAAAGCUUUAACCAUAGCUUUUGUCAAGGCGGCAUCAUAUAUGAAGAUCAAAAGCGUCAACGCAGUCGCACCAUUUAGAGCAUGUUUCAGUUCUGCCACAAUUUCCGCCAUGAGCACUGGCCCUUCUGUUCCAAUAAUUGAACUAGUUUUGCCCGGAAAUGAUGUUUCUUGGAAAAUAAAUGGUGCCAAUUCAACGUUUGCAGUGAAUAAGAAUGUUUUAUGCCUCGCAUUUGUGGAUGGAGGAUCAAAUCCAAGAACCUCAAUUGUCAUAGGUGCGCAUCAAAUGGAGGAUAAUCUCUUGGAGUUUGAUCUUAACUCGUCACAACUUCGAUUUAGCUCCUCUCUUUUGGUCCAGAACAAGACAUGUUCCCUCCUUUAA